AUGGCAGCAUCUCAAUGCUGUGAGAAGAGUUACGUACAUGCUUCUUUUCAUGUAAAAUUAACGCUCUUGCUUGUUGUAAUACCUCAUGCAGCUUCUCUAGAUUUCAACUUUCAGCAAUUUGGUGACACUGGAAACGCCUUCAAUCUUUCAGGAGAUGUCUAUCCUGAGCAAAAAGUCCUUCAACUCACCAAGUAUAAGGCAGAUAGUUAUGGUAGAGUCAUAUAUUACAAAUUAUUGAAUCUUUGGGACAAGAACUCCGGAAAGGUUGCAGACUUCACUACCCAUUUCUCCUUUACCAUCAACACCCCAAAUAAGACCUAUCAUGGAGAUGGCAUCACAUUCUUUCUGGCAGAUCCAAAAUUUCCAUCAUCCCAAAUAGAUGGAAGUGGUAUUGGUCUUGGCAGCCGUGAGCAACUGAAGAAUCUAAAUUACGCGACGGACUAUCCUUUUGUAGCAGUGGAAUUUGAUACCUGGGUUAAUGACUGGGAUCCUGGAUAUGACCAUGUGGGUAUCGAUGUUAAUGCUAUUAACACUACUCACACUACCGAAUGGUUCACUAGCAUGGAUACAAGAGGAUAUGAUGCACACAUUAGUUUUGAAUCUGCUUCAAACAGGUUAAGUAUCACCUUCACUGGAUAUAAGGAUGGUGUCAAAAUUGAACAGACCUUAUUCUCGGUGGUCAAUUUGAGUGAUAUCUUACCUGAGUGGGUUGAAUUUGGCUUCUCUUCAGCAACAGGAUUUUUUUUUGAGGAACAUACUCUUAGCUCAUGGUCCUUCAACUCUAGUUUAGACAUGGAAUCACAAAAGGGUGGAAGCAAAACAAAGCUGGUUAUAGGGCUGAGCGUUGGACUUGGUGUAGGGGUUUUAAUCCUUAUCUUGAUGGUAACAUUCCUUGUGAGAUGGGUGCUGAGGACUAGAGGGAUGGAAGAUGUCUCACUUUUUGACCAUUCUAUGGACAGUGAUUUUGAAAAAAUCUCUCUACCCAAGAAGUUUUCCUAUGAAGAACUGGCCAGAGCAACUAAUAACUUUGCAAAAGAAAACAAAAUAGGACAGGGAGGUUUUGGGGCCGUCUACAGGGGACUUAUAAGAGAGUUGAGCACCCUUGUUGCCAUUAAGAAGAUAUCUCGUGGAUCUACACAAGGGGUGAAGGAGUAUAUAUCUGAAGUAAAGAUCAUUAGUCAACUGAGGCAUAAAAAUUUGGUUCAACUCUUUGGGUGGUGCCACCAGCAUAAUGACCUGUUGCUGAUUUAUGAGUUCAUGGAAAAUGGAAGCUUGGAUUCUUAUCUAUUUAUGGGAAAAGGCCUGCUGACAUGGAAGGUGAGAUAUAAUAUUAUCAGAGGCUUGGCCUCUGCAUUGUUAUACCUGCAUGAAGAGUGGGAAGAAUGUGUGCUUCAUAGAGACAUAAAAUCCAGCAACGUUAUGUUGGAUUCUAAUUUUAAUGCAAAACUUGGGGAUUUCGGGUUAGCCAGGCUGAUGGAUCAUGAGAUAAGAUCAAAAACAACUGUUUUAGCAGGCACAAUUGGGUAUUUGCCUCCUGAAGCUGCCACAAGAGGCAAGGCUAGUAGGGAAUCUGAUGUGUACAGUUUUGGAGUAGUUGCUUUGGAGAUAGCCUGUGGUAGAAAGGCAAUUGACUCCAACAUGAAUGAACAGCAGAUAUAUUUGGUGGAUUGGGUUUUGGAACUCCACGGCAUUGGUGAACUCUUUAAAGCAUCUGAUCCAAGCUUAUAUGGACACUUUGAUGAGAAGGAAAUGGAGAGUUUAAUGAUAGUUGGUCUUUGGUGCACUCACACAGAUUACCUUCUGAGGCCUACAAUAAGGCAAGUUGUUCAAGUACUUAAUUUUGAAGUUCCACUGCCUAUUUUGACACCGCAGGUUCCAUCCUUUACCAGCUCUAUAGCCUCUACGACUCCUGCAUUUGCAAAAAAACAACCUCUGUCUUCAACUUCAAGCAGUGGCACAUCAUUGAUCACUACUGGGUCCUCGCAAACCAGCUCAACUCUUGAAGUCAUUUCUCCACCAGCUGCACAUUUACUUACCUACUAA